AUGACAUUGCAAAUGCCACAACAACAAAAAACACAUAACAUGUUUAAAGCAAUGUCAACAAAUAUAAUAAAUCUUUCACAAUAUCUAUUAAAGCAUAUUCUCUCAUUUAAUGAAAUAAUUUCAAACUUUGACAGAGUAUGCUUCACUCUAAGUUGUAAGAAGCUUUUCAAUGAGAGAAAUAGUUUGGUAGUACUCGAUUGUAGAUCUGUAGGUUUGGCAACACCUAAAACUACUUCUUUAAAUUCCUAUAGAGAGAUUAUUGAUCAAUCCUAUAAAUUUUAUUUUUCAAAUACUUUAUAUAUUAUGAUGCAAGUUCUUUCCUCUGGUUUACCAAUAGAGAGUCACAUCAUUUCUACUAUUGAAAAAGAUAAAGAAAUAACUCUAAAUCAACAAGUAACAUCGGUUAUCAUCAAUGGUAAAAUAGAACUCUCUUCUAUUGUCAAUCUAAAGGAUUCAAAUAAGAUGUUUGGUACUGGAACUGGAACAACAUCAUUGUUUGGCGGUGGUGGAGCUGCGCCCACAGGUUCCUCAUUGUUUGGAGGUGGUGCACAACCUGCUGCAACAACAGGAUCUUCAUUGUUUGGAUCGUCUCUGACAGGUGCAACGAAUACACAACAAAGCGGAACAGGAACAACUGGUUUGUUUGGUUCAAGUCAGCCCGCUGCUAGUACUGGUGGUUCAUUGUUUGGCGGCGGUGGCGGCGGUGCAACUACACAACCAGCGACUGGAAGUUCACUUUUCGGAUCUUCAUUGACCUCUGCUCAGACACCAACCACCUCACUAUUUGGCAAUACAACACAACCCGCUUCCAAUACUGGAAGUGGUUUGUUUGGUGGCGGUAAUGCUACUUCGUCGUUGGGAUCGCUGGGUUCUCUUGGAUCUCAGGGUUCAUUAGGAUCAUCUCUAGGAUCACAAGGCUCAUUGGGAUCUCUUGGUUCGCAAGGUUCUCUUGGUUCUCUAGGUUCAUUAGGUUCGUUAGGUUCAUUAUCUCAACCUCUAGGUGGAAACAGUCUAUUCGGUUCGGCAUUCGGACAACCACAACCACAACAACAACAACAACAACAACAACAACAGCUUAUACAACAACCAUCACCAUAUAAUCUAUCAACAAAAUACGCAGAUCUAUCACCUGCACUAAAACAAGAAUGUUUAAGAUUACAUAAAAUGAUUAUAAAUAAUAACUCUAUAAUGAAGUCAUUCUCACCAUACGAUGAAAAGUUGGAUAAACUACCAAAACUUAUUCAACAAAUACAUAUUAAAAUAGAUAGUUUAAAUAAUAAUUUCAAUCAUUAUAUUCAAUCGUUUGGACACUUAAGAGAGCAAUCAGCUAAACCACUUACAUCUAUAAGUGAACAGUAUCAUAUGUUAUCGAUUGGAUUCAUAUCACCUUAUUCACAGCCAUUGCCAUCACGUGAAAUGGAAGAGAUAGUAGAACACUUUAUGACAAAGAUAGAUAGACUCUAUCAGACUAUAAACUCGAUUGCACCAUCAAACUUAAGGAAAUAUAAUACAAACUUAACCUUUCAAGAAUCAUUUAUAUCAACUCUACAGACAAAUCAAAAUGUAUUGAGAAAUUUGGCAGUUGUAUUAGAUGGUCUUACUAACGAUCUAGAGAAAUUGAAACGAGAUUAUCUAGCAUUCAAGAAGAAAUACUAUAAUGAUAAUUACAAUCCUUUCCCAAAGAGAAAACCAAUUGAAUCUUCUUCUUCAAAUAAUAGAGAUAACAACUCACUAUACAACUCAUCUUAUAAUUCAAACAAUAACAACAACAAUAGCUAUUCUUAUUCUACUCAAUCAUCGGUGUUUGGUGCAUCCACCAUUCAACCUUCAUCUUCUACUACACCGACACAACCAACACUGUCUCUGACGUCAGCAACAACAACACCAACAUCAACAACAACAGCUCAACCACUGACAUCAUCAUUCUUUGGUAGUGGCGUGGGUGGGCUUGGUUCUCUAGGUUCACAAACUACAUCUUCUCUCAGUGGUGCAACACCAACCACCACCACCACCACUGGUACAUCACUCUUUGGCAACACCUCAGCAACACCGACAACAAACAGUUCAAUCGGUUCACUCGGUUCGUUUGGCUCUAGCUCGUCAUUAGGUUCGCUUGGUUCGCUUGGUUCGCUUGGCUCGCAAUCAUCGUCUCUCGGUUCGCUCGGCUCACUUGGUCAAACGAAUGGCCUCUCGACAACAAUCAGUCCACUAGGUUCACAAACACCAUCGCUACGAUCAACAUCAUCCAGUCUCUUCACACCACAAACACCUCAACUCACCGGAGCAUCACUCGGUCAAAGCACCGGUGGUUUCUCAAUAAGUGACAGUGCAAGAUUGUCUUCAUCAACCUCAUCGACAUCUUCAUCAAAGAAGAAGUCAUCUAAACGUUAA